AUGGUGGUAACCGGUAGGAAAUUGUUAUGGGUGGCCUUUGUGCUUGCAGUAGUUGUGGGCUUUCCCUCCUGCCCUACGGAGGCUAGAAAACUUGCAAUCUUGGAAGAAGAGGUUUCCUACUACUCGCCACAUUUCGGAACACUACCGCAGCAGCCGCCUGUUACUUCAUCAAGGCCAUCUGAGGGCCCACCCCUAUUUGAGAUCCCCCUGCCGCCUUUGCCUGGUACUUCAGCAGGGCCACAUUUUGAAACGCUUCCAUCUGGGCCAUCCGAGGACCCACCCCUAUAUGAGAUCCCACCGCUACCUCCGUCGGCUACUUCAUCAAGGCCACAUUUUGGAACGCUUUCAUCUGGGCCAUUUGAGGACCCGCUCCUAUAUGAGACCCCACCACCUCUCCCUGUUACUCCAUCGGGGCCGCAUUUUCGAAUGCCCCCAUCUGGACCAUCUAGGGGCCCGCCCCUAUAUAAAAUGCCACCACCUCCUGUUUUUGAUUAG